AUGAAUUCCACGCAAAACGGCUUCUCCUCGGAUAACGACCGAAGACCAUUUAGAUGUGAAAUUUGUUCACGAGGAUUCCAUAGAUUGGAACACAAGAAGAGGCAUGUGAGAACGCACACAGGUGAGAAACCCUACAAAUGUUCGUCUAAAAACUGUACGAAGAGUUUCAGUAGAAGCGAUGAGCUGAAAAGACAUUUUAGGACACACACUAGGACCGUUCAAAGGCGGCCCCGCGGGCUGAGAUCUAAAGGCUGUCAAAAGACCGUUGUGGAAACCAAUAAUAUCAUCUCAGCAACCUUCAAUGAUAAUACAAGAGUUUCAAGUACAACGACAAGCCACUCUAAAAUAUCACCCAUUCUUAUUUCGGUUGCUCAAAGCUCCAAUCAGUUGAAUAUACAAACUACUAAUAGUGGUUAUGGCUUCGUGGAGACACAGACACCAGGGAUUCUGAUUCCUAUUAUAGGCAUUCAGAAGGACUCCCAUCCGAUCUCGAACAACCAUUCAAGCGCUUCCAUCGCUUCCAUUGCAUCGAUGCAUCCUUCCACUUCUUCAUUGCAGUAUCUCAGCACUGGUUUUUCUUAUAGUUCUACAUCCAUACCGCAUGUGCUUUCGUCUAGCAGUUCUUUGGCAUUGAGAGAACAGUCUUCUGGUUCUUCAAUAUUUUCAAAUUGCAGAAACAAUUUGAGCGCCAUGAGUGGUUUGGAUUCGUUAGCCAGCUCUAGAGGUCGAUCGAGUUCCUCACUACUUUCCCGGACCUCGCAGUCAUCGAAGAAACUCACCAGACCGCUAUCAACUACCUCACAAAGGAUCACGCCAGUCAUGAGAGCAGAGGGGAUCGAGACCACAAGACCGAUAUCCUCAUCGAGCAGCACAACGUCCUUUGCUUCUCCUAGAUACGAUGAUGCCAUGGCCAAGCAUACGAGCACGCGUAACUUUCUGGAUAUGACAUCAACAACACAAGAGGGUGACAGAAACGGUUAUAUGCGCAAGGUGAGCGUGGUUUCCAGAGGAAGAUUACAUGAAAGAGCAAAGUUUCAUAUAUCCGGAGAUGAUGAGGACAACAAUGUUGACGGGACAGAAGCAAGGGGACUUGCUGCUAAUCUCAAAGUAUCAUUGCCAUCCAUACGAAGUAUCCUACAGCAAAUUGACACUUUCAACAACUGUACUCCCACUAACACUAAAUAG